CAAAUGGCUGUCGGGAUUAUCUGCAGAUUAUUCGCGGUCGCACUGACGCUGGCCAGCGCCUAUGUCGCUGCAGCACCGGACGUAUCAUGCUUCGACAGUCUGACAUCUGUCGGUCCCUUUCCGGCGCUGAUAUGGCUGAAGCAGUAUUCGCUGGAUGAAUGUAAAGUCGCUUGUCGUUAUGCACUCGAAGUAUACGAUUUUCGCUGCUCGUCUAUUGGACACUACGCCAAAACACUGGACUGUGUCCUCUACGGAAACGAGAGUGCCACCGUCACGCAUGCCAAACGAUGGACGUCAACGGCUUUGCCAUCGGGAACCGCUACAUUGUUCAAGAAUUCAUGCGAAAAACCAAAGUAUCAGUGCGUGGAUCAGACCAACAAGUGCGCCUACCAGAAGACCGGUUUGUGUCAAAGUAAAGGCAUUGUAACCAACAAAUCGACCACCGUCAGCGGCAAGACUUGCCAAUCAUGGAGCAACAGUCGAUUUCCCGAAUAUUAG